CAGAUUUAUUAUGUUCUGCUGCUCCACCUGCGGCUGUGACUCACGUUACAGACGCAACGAGCGCGAGACAGAGGUUUGCGUUUAGACGGGCGCGUUUUACUGCACGAGACGAAAACGAAUCGCACUUUCGGUCCACCCGAACGAGUUUUGUCGGCCCGAGUGAGUGGAGCACAUGAAGAACCGCGGAGGGUUCUCCCGGAACAGGGGCGCGCGCGCUGUUCUCACAACGUAGGAUGUGCGACUUUGAUGAAGGACAAAUGCGGCACCAGAAGGAUGCCUCAAAAAUACAGAAAGCUUUUUUCCGGACGAGAGAGGACGUCCACUUAUCUCCUCAGCCUUUGGAUUCUGAUCCCUCUAUUAACUCAAGCGGACAGUUACUUCAUGAGCGAUACCAAGGCCGUGCUGCAGGGAUGCACGGACCGGUGGACCCUGCAGGAAACUAUACCAAAGCUCUUCCAGAUGACCGUGUGUGUGGACAUGCGCUUAUUGACCGCAGGAAAGUGGAAGGCUUUCCACUACACAGCGCCUCGCUCACCGUACUAUGACCUCGCACUGCAGGGUGACAGCAAUGGCGUGUACGCCUGGCUCCUGGGUGUGCAACACCGCUUCCCUGUACACCUGCAGCUGGAACAUUGGCACCAGCUGUGUCUGCGCAUUGACUCAUUACGCAACCGCUUCAGCCUGACCGUCAGCAGCAGUCAGAAGACAUAUGAACGUACGGUGUUUGCUCACGCCAUGCAACCCAAUGGCAAACUACAGCUGGGAUGUCAGCCCUGGGAAGUCAUCUCAGGAAUAAGAAUGGCCACCAUGGAGCUCUAUAUGUUCAGAAUGUGGGGCGACGUGAAGGAGCAUGCAGUCUGCGAGGACGGCACGAUUGUAGGCUGGGAAUCAAGCAUGUGGAGAAUCAGUCGAGCUCAGGCCCUCGUCCAGGACGACACACUUUACUGCGGCGAACUCAGUCUUUCAGACCUUGUAUGGUUGAAACGCAGCAGUGUACAGGGAAAUAAUGCAAAUGAUGUAAUCAGAAGGAGUAUCAGAAGUUCCUCCUGGAUGACUGGAACUACUGCAGUCGUUACUACUACUACUACAAACACAACAAUUACAUCACCCACUAACACUACAAAUCCAACCACUCCUCCAGACACUACAAACACAACAUCAUCCACUAACACUACAAAUACAACCACUAUUUCAGGCACUACAAACACAACAUCGUCCACCAACACUACAAAUUCAAACACUAGUUCAGACCCUACAAACACAACAUCAUCCACUAACACUACAAAUUCAAACACUACUUCAGACCCUACAAACACAAUAUCAUCCACUAACACUACAAAUUCAAACACUAGUUCAUGCACUACAAACGCAGCACAAUCCACUAACACUACAAAUUCAAAUGUUAGUUUAGACCUUACAUACACAACAUCAUCCACUAACACUACAAAUUCAAACACUAGUUCAGACCCUACAAACACAACAUCAUCCACUAAUACUACAAAUACAAACACUACUUCAGACCCUACAAACACAUCAUCCACUAACACUACAAAUACAAGCACUACUUCAGACCCUACAAACACAUCAUCCACUAACACUACAAAUUCAAACACUAGUUCAGGCACUACAAACACAACAUCAUCCACUAACACUACAAAUUCAAACACUACUUCAGACCCUACAUACACAACAUCAUCCACUAACACUACAAAUUCAAACACUAGUUCAGGCACUACAAACACAACUCAGCCAUUACUCACUAACACUACAAAUCCAACCACUUCUCCAGACAUUACAAACACAACACUGACAUCAUCCACUAACACUACAAAUCCAAACACUACUUCAGACCCUACAAACACAACAUCAUCCACUAACACUACAAAUAUAAACACUACUUCAGACCCUACAAACACAACAUCAUCCACUAACUCUACAAAUUCAAACACUAGUCCAAACACUAUAAACACAACAUCAUCCACUAAUGCUACAAAUCCAAACACCAGUUCAGACCCUACAUACACAACACCAUCCACUAACACUACAAAUUCAAACACUAGUUCAGGCACUACAUACACAACAUCAUCCACUAACACCACAAAUUCAAACACUACUUCAGACACUACAAACACAACAUCAUCCACUAACACUACAAAUUCAAACAUUACUUCAGACCCUAAAAACACAACAUCAUCCACUAACACUACAAAUUCAAAUACUAGUUCAGACCCUACAUACACAAUAUCAUCCACUAACACUACAACUCCGAACAAUAGUCCAAACCCUACAAACACAACUCAGCCAUUACUCACUAACACUACAAAUCCAAACACUACUUCAGACCCUAAAAACACAACAUCAUCCACUAACACUACAAAUUCAAAUACUAGUUCAGACCCUACAUACACAAUAUCAUCCACUAACACUACAACUCCGAACAAUAGUCCAAACCCUACAAACACAACUCAGCCAUUACUCACUAACACUACAAAUCCAAACACUACUUCAGACCCUACAAACACAACAUCAUCCACUAACACUACAAAUUCAAACACUAGUUCAGGCACUACAAACACAACUCAGCCAUUACUCACUAACACUACAAAUCCAACCACUUCUCCAGACAUUACAAACACAACACUGACAUCAUCCAAUAACACUACAAAUCUAAACACUACUUCAGACCCUACAAACACAUCAUCCACUAACACUACAAAUAUAAACACUAGUUCAGACCCUACAAACACAACAUCAUCCACUAACACUACAAAUUCAAACACUAGUCCAAACACUAUAAACACAACAUCAUCCACUAAUGCUACAAAUCCAAACACCAGUUCAGGCACUACAUACACAACACCAUCCACCAACACUACAAAUUCAAACACUAGUUCAGGCACUACAUACACAACAUCAUCCACUAACACCACAAAUUCAAACACUACUUCAGACACUACAAACACAACAUCAUCCACUAAUACUACAAAUCCAAACACUACUUCAGACCCUACAAACACAACAUCAUCCACUAAUACUACAAAUGCAAACACUAGUCCAAACCCUACAAACACAACAUCAUCCACUAACACUACAAAUUCAAACACUAGUCCAAACACUAUAAACACAACAUCAUCCACUAAUGCUACAAAUCCAAACACAAGUUCAGGCACUACAUACACAACAACAUCCACAAACACUACAAAUUCAAACACUAGUUCAGGCACUACAUACACAACAUCAUCCACUAACACCACAAAUUCAAACACUACUUCGGACACUACAAACACAACAUCAUCCACUAACACUACAAAUUCAAACACUAGUUCAGACCCUACAAACACAACAUCAUCCACUAACACUACAAAUUCAAACAUUACUUCAGACCCUAAAAACACAACAUCAUCCACUAACACUACAAAUUCAAAUACUAGUUCAGACCCUACAUACACAAUAUCAUCCACUAACACUACAACUCCGAACAAUAGUCCAAACCCUACAAACACAACUCAGCCAUUACUCACUAACACUACAAAUCCAAACACUACUUCAGACCCUACAAACACAACAUCAUCCACUAACACUACAAAUUCAAACACUAGUUCAGGCACUACAAACACAACUCAGCCAUUACUCACUAACACUACAAAUCCAACCACUUCUCCAGACAUUACAAACACAACACUGACAUCAUCCACUAACACUACAAAUUCAAACACUACUUCAGACUCUACAAACACAACAUCAUCCACUAACACUACAAAUACAAACACUACUUCAGACCCUACAAACACAUCAUCCACUAACACUACAAAUAUAAACACUAGUUCAGACCCUACAAACACAACAUCAUCCACUAACACUACAAAUUCAAACACUAGUCCAAACAUUACAAACACAACAUCAUCCACUAAUACUACAAAUCCAAACACUACUUCAGACCCUACAAACACAACAUCAUCCACUAAUACUACAAAUGCAAACACUAGUCCAAACCCUACAAACACAACAUCAUCCACUAACACUACAAAUUCAAACACUAGUUCAGGCACUACAAACACAACUCAGCCAUUACUCACUAACACUACAAAUCCAACCACUACUUCAGACCCUACAAACACAACAUCAUCCACUAACACUACAAAUCCAAACACUACUUCAGACCCUACAAACACAUCAUCCACUAACACUACAAAUAUAAACACUAGUUCAGACCCUACAAACACAACAUCAUCCACUAACACUACAAAUUCAAACACUAGUCCAAACACUAUAAACACAACAUCAUCCACUAAUGCUACAAAUCCAAACACCAGUUCAGGCACUACAUACACAACACCAUCCACCAACACUACAAAUUCAAACACUAGUUCAGGCACUACAUACACAACAUCAUCCACUAACACCACAAAUUCAAACACUACUUCAGACACUACAAACACAACAUCAUCCACUAAUACUACAAAUCCAAACACUACUUCAGACCCUACAAACACAACAUCGUCCACUAAUACUACAAAUGCAAACACUAGUCCAAACCCUACAAACACAACAUCAUCCACUAACACUACAAAUUCAAACACUAGUUCAGGCACUACAAACACAACUCAGCCAUUACUCACUAACACUACAAAUCCAACCACUUCUCCAGACAUUACAAACACAACACUGACAUCAUCCACUAACACUACAAAUCCAAACACUACUUCAGACCCUACAAACACAACAUCAUCCACGAACACUACAAAUACAAACACUACUUCAGACCCUACAAACACAUCAUCCACUAACACUACAAAUUCUAACACUAGUCCAAACCCUACAAACACAAUAUCAUCCACUAACACUACAAAUCCAAACACUAGUUCAGGCACUACAAACACAACUCAGCCGUUACUCACUAACACUACAAAUACAAACACUACUUCAGACCCUACAAACACAACAUCAUCCACUAACACUACAAAUUCACAGACUAGUCCAAACACUACAAACACAACAUCAUCCACUAAUACUUCAAAUCCAAACACUAGUUCAGGCACUACAAACACAAUAUCAUCCACUAACACUACAAAUUCAAACACUAGUUCAGGCACUACAUACACAACAUCAUCCACUAACACUACAAAUUCAAACACUAGUUCAGGCACUACAAACACAACAUCAUCCUUUAACACUACAAAUUCAAAUACUAGUCCAAACCCUACAAACACAACAUCAACCACUAGUACUACAAAUCCAAACACUAGUUCAGGCACUACAAACACAACUCAACCAUUACUCACUAACACUACAAAUCCAACCACUUCUCCAGACAUUACAAACACAACACUGACAUCAUCCACUAACACUACAAAUACAAACACUAGCUCAGACACUACAAACACAUCAUCCAUUAACACUACAAAUCCAAACACUACUUCAGACCCUACAAACACAACAUCAUCCACUAACACUACAAAUUCAAACACUACUUCAGACCCUACAAACACAUCAUCCACUAACACUACAAAUUCUAACACUAGUCCAAACCCUACAAACACAAUAUUAUCCACUAACACUACAACUCCGAACAAUAGUCGAAACCCUACAAACACAAUAUCAUCCACUAACAAUACAAAUCCGAACAAUAGUCAAAAUCCUAUAAACACAACAUCACCCACUAACAGUAGAAAUCCACAUACUACUUCAGACCCUACAAACACAUCAUCCACUAACACUACAAAUACAACCACUUAUCCAGACACUACAAACACAACACUGACAUCAUCCACUAACACUACAAAUCCAAACACUACUUCAGACCCUACAAACACAACAUCAUCCAUUAACACUACAAAUACAAACACUACUUCAGACCCUACAAACACAACAUCAUCCACUAACACUACAAAUCCGAACAAUAGUCCAAACCCUACAAACACAAUAUCAUCCACUAACAAUACAAAUCCGAACAAUAGUCAAAAUCCUAUAAACACAUCAUCCACUAACAGUAGAAAUCCACAUACUACUUCAGACCCUACAAACACAUCAUCCACUAACACUACAAAUCCAAACACUACUUCAGACCCUACAAACACAACAUCAUCCACUAACACUACAAAUUCAAACACUACUUCAGACCCUACAAACACAUCAUCCACUAACACUACAAAUUCUAACACUAGUCCAAACCCUACAAACACAAUAUUAUCCACUAACACUACAACUCCGAACAAUAGUCGAAACCCUACAAACACAAUAUCAUCCACUAACAAUACAAAUCCGAACAAUAGUCAAAAUCCUAUAAACACAACAUCAUCCACUAACAGUAGAAAUCCACAUACUACUUCAGACCCUACAAACACAUCAUCCACUAACACUACAAAUACAACCACUUAUCCAGACACUACAAACACAACACUGACAUCAUCCACUAACACUACAAAUCCAAACACUACUUCAGACCCUACAAACACAACAUCAUCCAUUAACACUACAAAUACAAACACUACUUCAGACCCUACAAACACAACAUCAUCCACUAACACUACAAAUCCGAACAAUAGUCCAAACCCUACAAACACAAUAUCAUCCACUAACACUACAAAUCCGAACAAUAGUCGAAACCCUACAAACACAAUAUCAUCCACUAACAAUACAAAUCCGAACAAUAGUCAAAAUCCUAUAAACACAUCAUCCACUAACAGUAGAAAUCCACAUACUACUUCAGACCCUACAAACACAUCAUCCACUAACACUACAAAUCCAAACACUACUUCAGACCCUACAAACACAACAUCAUCCACUAACACUACAAAUUCAAACACUACUUCAGACCCUACAAACACAUCAUCCACUAACACUACAAAUUCUAACACUAGUCCAAACCCUACAAACACAAUAUUAUCCACUAACACUACAACUCCGAACAAUAGUCGAAACCCUACAAACACAAUAUCAUCCACUAACAAUACAAAUCCGAACAAUAGUCAAAAUCCUAUAAACACAACAUCAUCCACUAACAGUAGAAAUCCACAUACUACUUCAGACCCUACAAACACAUCAUCCACUAACACUACAAAUACAACCACUUAUCCAGACACUACAAACACAACACUGACAUCAUCCACUAACACUACAAAUCCAAACACUACUUCAGACCCUACAAACACAACAUCAUCCAUUAACACUACAAAUACAAACACUACUUCAGACCCUACAAACACAACAUCAUCCACUAACACUACAAAUCCGAACAAUAGUCCAAACCCUACAAACACAAUAUCAUCCACUAACACUACAAAUCCGAACAAUAGUCGAAACCCUACAAACACAAUAUCAUCCACUAACAAUACAAAUCCGAACAAUAGUCAAAAUCCUAUAAACACAUCAUCCACUAACAGUAGAAAUCCACAUACUACUUCAGACCCUACAAACACAUCAUCCACUAACACUACAAAUCCAAACACUACUUCAGACCCUACAAACACAACAUCAUCCACUAACACUACAAAUUCAAACACUACUUCAGACCCUACAAACACAUCAUCCACUAACACUACAAAUUCUAACACUAGUCCAAACCCUACAAACACAAUAUUAUCCACUAACACUACAACUCCGAACAAUAGUCCAAACCCUACAAACACAAUAUCAUCCACUAACAAUACAAAUCCGAACAAUAGUCAAAAUCCUAUAAACACAACAUCACCCACUAACAGUAGAAAUCCACAUACUACUUCAGACCCUACAAACACAUCAUCCACUAACACUACAAAUACAACCACUUAUCCAGACACUACAAACACAACACUGACAUCAUCCACUAACACUACAAAUCCAAACACUACUUCAGACCCUACAAACACAACAUCAUCCAUUAACACUACAAAUACAAACACUACUUCAGACCCUACAAACACAACAUCAUCCACUAACACUACAAAUCCGAACAAUAGUCCAAACCCUACAAACACAAUAUCAUCCACUAACACUACAAAUCCGAACAAUAGUCGAAACCCUACAAACACAAUAUCAUCCACUAACAAUACAAAUCCGAACAAUAGUCAAAAUCCUAUAAACACAUCAUCCACUAACAGUAGAAAUCCACAUACUACUUCAGACCCUACAAACACAUCAUCCACUAACACUACAAAUCCAAACACUACUUCAGACCCUACAAACACAACAUCAUCCACUAACACUACAAAUCCGAACAAUAGUCGAAACCCUACAAACACAAUAUCAUCCACUAACAAUACAAAUCCGAACAAUAGUCGAAACCCUACAAACACAAUAUCAUCCACUAACAAUACAAAUCCGAACAAUAGUCAAAAUCCUAUAAACACAACAUCAUCCACUAACAGUAGAAAUCCACAUACUACUUCAGACCCUACAAACACAUCAUCCACUAACACUACAAAUCCAAACACUUAUCCAGACACUACAAACACAACACUGACAUCAUCCACUAACACUACAAAUCCAAACACUACUUCAAAUCCUACAAACACAACAUCAUCCACUAACACUACAAAUCCAAACACUUCUCCAGACACCACAAACAAAACAUCAUCCACUAACACUACAAAUACAAACACUAGUUCAGACACUACAAACACAACAUCAUCCACUAACACUACAAAUACAACCACUUAUCCAGACACUACAAACACAACACCAUCCACUAACACUACAACUACAACCACUUAUCCAGACACUACAAACACAACACCAUCCACUAACACUACAAAUUCAAACACUAGUUCAGGCACUACAAACACAACUCAGCCAUUACUCACUAACACUACAAAUCCAACCACUUCUCCAGACAUUACAAACACAACACUGACAUCAUCCACUAACACUACAAAUACAAACACUAGUUCAGACACUACAAACACAACAUCAUCCACUAACACUACAAAUACAACCACUUAUCCAGACACUACAAACACAUCAUCCACUAACACUACAAAGUCAAACACUAGUUCAGACACUACAAACACAACAUCUUCCACUAACACAACAAAUACAAACACUUCACCAGACACUACAAACACAACAUCAUCCACUAACACUACAAAUACAACCACUUAUCCAGACACUACAAACACAACACUGACAUCAUCCACUAACACUACAAAUCCAAACACUACUUCAGACCCUACAAACACAACAUCAUCCACUAACACUACAAAUACAAACACUACUUCAGACCCUACAAACACAGCAUCAUCCACUAACACUACAAAUACAAACACUACUUCAGACCCUACAAACACAUCAUCCACUAACACUACAAAUUCUAACACUAGUCCAAACCCUACAAACACAAUAUCAUCCACUAACACUACAACUCCGAACAAUAGUCCAAACCCUACAAACACAAUAUCAUCCACUAACAAUACAAAUCCGAACAAUAGUCAAAAUCCUAUAAACACAACAUCACCCACUAACAGUAGAAAUCCACAUACUACUUCAGACCCUACAAACACAUCAUCCACUAACACUACAAAUACAACCACUUAUCCAGACACUACAAACACAACAUUGACAUCAUCCACUAACACUACAAAUCCAAAUACUACUUCAGACCCUACAAACACAGCAUCAUUCACUAACACUACAAAUACAAACACUUCUCCAGACACUACAAACAAAACAUCAUCCACUAACACUACAAAUACAAACACUAGUUCAGACCCUACAAACACAUCAUCCACUAACACUACAAAUACAACCACUUAUCCAGACACUACAAACACAACACUGACAUCAUCCACUAACACUACAAAUCCAAACACUACUUCAGACCCUACAAACACAACAUCAUCCACUAACACUACAAAUACAACCACUUAUCCAGACACUACAAACACAACACCAUCCACUAACACUACAAAUUCAAACACUACUUCAGACCCUACAAACACAUCAUCCACUAACACUACAAAUUCUAACACUAGUCCAAACCCUACAAACACAAUAUCAUCCACUAACAAUACAAAUCCGAACAAUAGUCAAAAUCCUAUAAACACAACAUCAUCCACUAACAGUAGAAAUCCACAUACUACUUCAGACCCUACAAACAUAUCAUCCACUAACACUACAAAUACAACCACUUCUCCAGACACUACAAACACAACACUGACAUCAUCCACUAACACUACAAAUCCAAACACUACUUCAGACCCUACAAACACAACAUCAUCCACUAACACUACAAAUUCAAACACUACUUCAGACCCUACAAACACAACAUCAUCCACUAACACUACAAAUUCAAACACUACUUCAGACCCUACAAACACAUCAUCCACUAACACUACAAAUUCUAACACUAGUCCAAACCCUACAAACACAAUAUCAUCCACUAACACUACAACUCCGAACAAUAGUCCAAACCCUACAAACACAAUAUCAUCCACUAACAAUACAAAUCCGAACAAUAGUCAAAAUCCUAUAAACACAACAUCACCCACUAACAGUAGAAAUCCACAUACUACUUCAGACCCUACAAACACAUCAUCCACUAACACUACAAAUACAACCACUUAUCCAGACACUACAAACACAACAUUGACAUCAUCCACUAACACUACAAAUCCAAAUACUACUUCAGACCCUACAAACACAGCAUCAUUCACUAACACUACAAAUACAAACACUUCUCCAGACACUACAAACAAAACAUCAUCCACUAACACUACAAAUACAAACACUAGUUCAGACCCUACAAACACAUCAUCCACUAACACUACAAAUACAACCACUUAUCCAGACACUACAAACACAACACUGACAUCAUCCACUAACACUACAAAUCCAAACACUACUUCAGACCCUACAAACACAACAUCAUCCACUAACACUACAAAUACAACCACUUAUCCAGACACUACAAACACAACACCAUCCACUAACACUACAAAUUCAAACACUACUUCAGACCCUACAAACACAUCAUCCACUAACACUACAAAUUCUAACACUAGUCCAAACCCUACAAACACAAUAUCAUCCACUAACAAUACAAAUCCGAACAAUAGUCAAAAUCCUAUAAACACAACAUCAUCCACUAACAGUAGAAAUCCACAUACUACUUCAGACCCUACAAACAUAUCAUCCACUAACACUACAAAUACAACCACUUCUCCAGACACUACAAACACAACACUGACAUCAUCCACUAACACUACAAAUCCAAACACUACUUCAGACCCUACAAACACAACAUCAUCCACUAACACUACAAAUUCAAACACUACUUCAGACCCUACAAACACAACAUCAUCCACUAACACUACAAAUUCAAACACUACUUCAGACCCUACAAACACAUCAUCCACUAACACUACAAAUUCUAACACUAGUCCAAACCCUACAAACACAAUAUCAUCCACUAACACUACAACUCCGAACAAUAGUCCAAACCCUACAAACACAAUAUCAUCCACUAACAAUACAAAUCCGAACAAUAGUCAAAAUCCUAUAAACACAACAUCAUCCACUAACAGUAGAAAUCCACAUACUACUUCAGACCCUACAAACACAUCAUCCACUAACACUACAAAUCCAAACACUUAUCCAGACACUACAAACACAACACUGACAUCAUCCACUAACACUACAAAUCCAAACACUACUUCAAAUCCUACAAACACAUCAUCCACUAACACCACAAAUACAAACACUAGUUCAGACCCUACAAACACAACACCAUCCACUAACAAUACAAAUCCAAACACUACUUCAGACCCUACAAACACAGCAUCAUCCACUAACACUACAAAUACUAACACUACUUCAGACCCUUCAAACACAUCAUCCACUAACACUACAAAGUCAAACACUAGUUCAGACACUACAAACACAACAUCGUCCACUAACACUACAAAUACAAACAUUUCUCUAGACACUACAAACUCAACAUCAUCCGCUAACACUACAAAUUCAAGCACUAGUCCAAACACUACAAACACAACAUCAUCCACUAACACUACAAAUACAACCACUUAUCCAGACUCUACAAACACAACACUGACAUCAUCCAUUAACACUACAAAUACAAACACUACUUCAGACACUACAAACACAACAUCUUCCACUAACAUUACAAAUACAACCACUUAUCCAGACACUACAAACACAUCAUCCACUAACACUACAAAUACAAACACUAGUCCAGACACUGCAAACAAAACAUCAUCCACUAACACUACAAAUACAAACACUAGUCCAGACACUACAAACACAACAUCAUCCACUAACACUACAAAUACAAACACUAGUUCAGACACUACAAACACAACAUCAUCCACUAACACUACAUAUACAAACACUGCAAACAUGACAUCAGCAUCAGUCAAGGAUGAUACAAAUUUAAACAUUACUUCUGACCCUACAAACACAACAGAAUCGAACACUACUCUAGGUGUUACAAACACAUCGAUACUGAAUGUCACACAUCCAAGGAACACAACAAUGGCCAGCACUACAACUGACCCAAACACCACAGAAUCCAACAAUAAUGAUCCAAACAACAUAACACUAAUCACAUCUACAGCUACCCCACUCAUCACAAAACCUAAUGAAGCAUCAGUCUCAUACCCCACCAUGACAACAACAAACACCACUCUCGAUGCCACAAAGAGAAACUCCUUUUCCUAUAACGUGACAGCAUCAAACAUCACUCCAGGUGUUACACCAACAGUGAAUAUAACAUAUCCAACAACACUGAUCAUGGCCACAGUUUCCCCAACUAUCACACAACUAAACGGAGCAUCAGGCUCACACCCUACGAUGACAAAAUCAAACACCACUCUCAAUGUUACAGAUACAACAAUAUUAUCACCCUAUAAUACAACACAACCAAACACCACCUUAGAUGUUACAAACACCUUAACAGUGAAUGCAACAAACCCAACGACCACAACACUGAACACCACUACAGUUGCUCCAAACACCACAUUAUCUACAGAAACGUCAGUCUCAUCUAUAACAAACAUCCCAUCAAACACAACACCAAUUAGCCCAACCACUUCCAUAAUUCUGUUUAAUUUCACCACAGAGCAAAACACCACGGCUUAUCCGCUUAGAAACUUCACCACACCAAGUCCACUUAACGUUACACAAACUAUAACUAAUACUACACUAGAUAUUUAUCAUAAUUUUACAUCAAGUCCUCUAAAUACCACAGCCAGCCCCAGCAAUUACACCACAGCCACUGUCAACAACAUAACCUUACUCAACACAACAAUGCUUCCUAAUAUUACUAUAACCAACAAGACACAAUCUGUCGAAAUGAACACUACCAAUACUACAACUACAACAGUAGCACCAAACAAGCUCACUGCACAGACAGCAAUGAAUAGUGCCAACACCACCAUCUCCUCCACCACCAUCUCCACCACCUCCACCACCACCAGAAGCAGCAAUGGAACAAAUAUAGCAGAGACCACAACAACAGUGAGCCCUCAGUCUGUGGCGAAUCAGCUUCUCAACCAGUCUCAGGAUGUUUCGACACUGAACUCCUCUCAAGUGCAGAACGUAGUCAGCAAACUUGAGGAUAUUCUGUCAGCGCCAAGCAUCAGCCUGGAUGUGGGUCAGGGUGCUCUGUCUGUCGUUAACAAAAUGCUUGAUGCUCCUCAAUCAGCUUUGGCCACCUCAUCCAACCGCUUGAUCAAGGUUGUCGAUGAACUGGCAUUGAAACUGGUCAUUCCGGAUAAAUCAGCAACACUAAUAUCGUCAUCGCUUGCACUGGCGGUGACAAAAAUCGAUGGAAGCAACUUUGCAGGAAUGUCGUUCUCCUUAACCAGCCCAUCAUCCAUAGAGAUGACAAGCAGGAGAAGGAGGUCUGUAGAUAGUUCUUCUCUUGCGGGUUCCAUCACACUCCCCGCCUCUCUGACAGACGGUCUCUCCCCAGACCAGAAGAAACAGGCAUCCCGACUUCAGUUCACAUUCUUCCAAAAGAGCACACUGUUUCACGACAGAUACACUAAACAGCAGCUGAACAGCUUCAUUCUGGGGACGAGCGUUGCUAACCUGUCCAUCACAGGCCUGAGAGACAACGUGGAGUUCUCUCUGAAGAAUACAACCCCUAUAGUGGGAAAUCUGACUUGUGUUUUCUGGGACUUUAAGCAAAACGGCGGAGCAGGAGGUUGGAACAAAAGCGGCUGUUUUCUCCUGAACAGCACAGAUAAAGAGAUGAAGUGCAGCUGCAACCACCUGACCAGCUUUGCAGUGCUAAUGGACAUCUCCAGAGGUGGAGUUACUGACCGAGUUCAGGGAACCAUCCUAACCUUCAUUACUUACAUUGGAUGUGGGAUUUCCGCCAUCUUCCUUUCCAUCACCCUCCUCACCUACCUGGCCUUUGACAAACUCCGCAGAGACAUUCCAUCCAAGAUCCUCAUCCAUCUGUGUUUUGCGCUUUUCCUACUCAACAUGGUCUUCCUGAUAGACUCAUGGCUGGCGCUCUACACCAAUGCCGCCGGCCUCUGCAUCUCCACGGCCUUCUUCCUGCACUACUUCUUGCUCGCCUCCUUCACGUGGAUGGGUCUGGAGGCCUUGCACCUCUACCUGAGUAUCGUCAAGGUCUUCAAAAGCUUCAUAUCGCAUUACAUGCUGAAGUUCUCUCUGGCGGGAUGGGGUAUACCGUUAAUCGUUGUCAUCAUUGUGAUUUCGGUGGACAAACAUAACUACGGCCUGGUUGCGUACGGAAAGUAUGCGAAUGGAAGCACAGACGAUUUCUGCUGGCUGAGGAACGAUAUAGCCUACUACGUGUCAGUGGUGGCCUACUUCUGUGUGAUCUUCGUGGCCAACCUGAUCAUGUUUGUGGUUGUCAUGGUACAGCUGAGACGCAUCAAACGGCAAAACCCCCAAAAUAAUCAAUACCGCAAAGGGAUCCAGGAUCUACGCAGCAUCGCCGGUCUGAUCAUCUUACUCGGCCUCACCUGGGGAUUUGCUUUUUUUGCUUGGGGUCCCGUCAACUUAGCGUUCAUGUACCUCUUCACCAUCUUCAACUCCUUACAAGGUUUUUUCAUCUUCAUGUUUCACUGUGCGGUGAAAGAGAAUGUGCGGAGACAAUGGCGAACCUACCUCUGCUGUGGCAGGUUCAGACUGGCAGAAAACUCGGAUUGGAGCCGGGGAGCAACUCAAAACACCAAGAAGAGUUCAGUCAUCACAGCCAACAUCUCCCAUUCCUCUUUUAACCCUUCAAUUCCUUCAAGGAACUCCUCAAUGAGCAGUGACAGCUUGGGCUUACCAUCAAGCAUCAAUCCCUCACCAGUGAAUGACAGCGGGUUCACGUCUUUAGACGAGUCCAACAACCUUUUGAACGAUGGCUUGACUCGGCGCUCUGUACGCUGACAUGACCAGUCCAUUCACCAAUGACUCUAGGAUUCCAGGAUGUAUUCCCAUCAUGAUCUGUAUUCCCGGGAGAGCUUCUGGAUGUACCGUGACCCUGACCAGGAUAAAAUGGUUCUACACCACGGAUGGGUUUUUUUUUUUUUUUUUUUUUUUAAACAAUGAAACCAUCAGUUUGUGAGUUUCAGAAUAAAAAAAAAAAAAUCGGAGCCAAAACCCUUGAGGGCAUACUCCAGUGUGUAUGAAGAAUAAGUUUUUCAGAAAGCAGUAUUAUACAUUACCUACUACUGAGUCAUGAAACAUAAUUUAUAAAAGAUCUCAGAGACUGAAAUACUCUGUUCCUGUUCUGUUUAAUGCUUUUAUAAAUUAGUCUUUAAUGUCUUUAAAGAGGUGGUGAUGUGUGUUAAUAGGGUGUUAACCUUUGGGAGAUUAUUAUUUAUGAAAACUAAAAAUGAUCAUUUUUUAAAUUUGUAAACUGGAGAAACACUUACGUGUGUUUAUUCUAUUAAAUGAAUAGUUAAUCAGUUUGAUUAUGUAUUGGAGGUAGUAUGCCUUUCCUGAUCGAACAGAUUUAUCUGUGAUGGAAUGGCAUCCCAUCCUGGAUGUAUUCCCACAUCACAUCCAGCAUUUCUGGGACAGGCUCCAGAUCCACCGUGACCCUGACCAAGAUUACUAAAGAUAAAACAAAUUUUAAAAAAGAUUUUGAUUACUCAUGUUUACUCAACACCUAAGUACAUCCUAAUUUGAUUCUUUUAUGAAGGAGUAAUGUUACAUUUUAAUUCUAUGAUUAUUCAUAUUUAAUAUAAUUUCUUGAACAAAAUGGAUAAAAUAUGUAAGGUUUUUGGUCCUGAAUUUCUUUAUUUUGGCUCUAAGAUGAAAAGUCUCUGUAUGACAUAUAUUUAUCAGGAUUGCCCAGUCAUGUCUGGGAGAAAUGAUGUAUGGUCUUAAAAGUUAUUUUGACUUAUAAAAGGUUUAAUGUGACAUCUUGGUUCAUUUUGUUUUCGAGCAAACAGACAGUGGAGAUUUAAUUUUUGACUACCUUUUAUUUCUUUCUAUGUUUUUUUUUACUUUGCACUGUAAAGCACUUUGAACUGCAUUUUAAAUGUAUUAAUAAUACUAAAUAAAAGUAUAUUCUUCUUCUCCUUAUUAU